AUUUUCUAAAAUAAUUCAAUUUUUUAGGGUUUCAAUAAUCCAAUUUUUUUUCAAAACUAGCAAUUAUUUAACUUGGUUUUCAUUACUGAACUGGUAUUCUUUGCCCCUUAUUUACUUAUCAAACAUUUUUGACACAUACUAUCUUCGUUCCAAAAUUACUUCGAAAAAACUAAGCAGUUUUUCUUUAGAUUGAGUUAUUACAAAUCUGGUGCUUGUGGGUACGGUGGCGGUGGCGGUGGCGAAUGAAGCUCCGAGUUGUUGGUGCGGCGGUCCCCGUCGCAGCCACCACCACCCCUUGUCUCCACAGACUCUUUUCCGCGUCCAAAUUAGACGACGAAAACGAUGGUCGUUUUGUAUCACUUCUUUGCGACAUCGUUCGAGGAAAGCAGAGUUGGAAGGUGGCUCUGAACGAUGCUUCAAUUUCAUCGGCAUUGAGACCCCAUCAUGUGGAACAAGUCUUGAUCAACACCUUGGACGAUUCCAGGUUAGCUUUGAGGUUCUUCAACUUUAUGGGUCUGCACAAAAACAUGAACCACUCGACAGCCUCCUUCGCCAUCUUGGUCCACGCACUUGUUCACUCCAGACUCUUCUGGCCCGCUAAUUCCCUCUUGCAAACCCUUCUCCUUCGUGGGUCCCACCCCAAUUACGUUUUUCAACACUUUCUACACUCUUACAAGCUAUGUAAGCUUUCGUCCACUUUGGGUUUCGAUUUGCUGGUUCAGAGUUACGUGCUAAGUUCACGAGUUUUUGAUGCUAUUGUCGUGGUGAAACUCAUGCUUGCCAAUGCUUUGUUGCCUGAGGUUAGAACCUUGAGUUCCCUCUUAAACGGGCUUUUGAGAGUUAGAAAAUUUAUAACGGUUUGCGAAUUGUUUGAUGAGUCUGUGAAUGCGGGUGUUCGACCUGAUCCUUAUACUUGUUCCGCUGUGGUUCGGAGUCUCUGUGAAUUGAAAGAUUUUUUUAGAGCUAAGGAGAAGAUUCUGUGGAUGGAAUCUAAUGGGUUUGAUUUGAGUAUUGUAACUUACAAUGUCUUCAUUCAUGGGCUGUGCAAGGGUGAUAGAGUUGGGGAAGCUGUUGAGGUUAAAAGAUCAUUGAGGGCGAAGGGUUUGAAAGCUGAUGUUGUUACAUACUGUACACUAGUGCUUGGUUUUUGUAGGGUGCAACAAUUUGAGGCUGGAAUUCAGCUUAUGGAUGAUAUGGUUCAAUUGGGGCUUGCUCCAUCCGAAGCUGCUGUGUCGGGUUUAGUAGAUGGAUUGAGAAAGCAGGGAAAGAUUGAGGAUGCUUAUGAGUUGGUAGUUAAGGUAGGGAGGUCUGGUUUUGUUCCGAAUUUGUUUGUUUAUAAUGCAUUGAUCAAUUCUUUGUACAAAGGUGGAGAUUUCGAUAAGGCAGAGUUGCUUUAUAAGAAUAUGAGUUUGAUGAACUUGCAUCCCAAUGGUAUUACUUAUUCCAUUCUUAUUGAUUCCUUCUGCAGAAGGGGGAGGUUGGAUGUCGCAAGAUCUUAUUUUGAUAGAAUGAUAGAAGAUGGUAUAAGAGAAACUGUAUAUGCCUACAACUCUUUGAUAAAUGGCCAAUGCAAGUUUGGGGAUUUGAGUGCAGCCGAGUCCCUGUUUACUGAGAUGAUCAAUAAAGGGGUGGAGCCAACUGCCACAACUUUUACGUCAUUGAUUAGUGGUUAUUGUAAAAACCUACAACUACUAAAAGCAUUUGAGUUAUAUAAUGAGAUGAUCGAGAAAGGAAUUACUCCAAACAUUUAUACCUUCACAGCACUUAUUUCUGGGCUUUGCAGCACAAAUAAGAUGGCUGAAGCAUCCAAACUUUUUUAUGAUUUGGUUAAAAGGAAAAUCAAGCCAACUGAGGUGACAUAUAAUGUGUUGAUUGAAGGGUAUUGUAGGGAUAACAACAUUGAUAAAGCCUUUGAAUUGUUUGAAGACAUGCUUCAAAAGGGCCUUGUUCCUGACACAUAUACCUAUAGACCUCUUAUCAGUGGCCUUUGCUCAACUGGUAGGGUUUCUGAAGCUAGAAAUUUUAUUGAUGUUCUCCACAAGCAGAAAGUAAAGUUAAAUGAGAUGUGCUAUAGUGCACUUCUUCAUGGUUAUUGCCAGGAAGGAAGAUUGAUGGAGGCACUGAGUGCUUCUUGUGAAAUGAUUCAAAGAGGAAUCAACAUGGAUCUGGUUUGCCAUGCUGUUCUUAUUGACGGUGCUCUAAAGCAGCCAGACAGGAAAACGUUUUUUGAUCUCUUAAAAAACAUGCAUGAUCAAGGAUUGAGACCUGAUAAUGUAAUAUAUACAAGUAUGAUAGAUGCAUACAGCAAAGAAGGAUCUCUGAAGAAAGCUUUUGAAUGCUGGGAUUUGAUGGUUACUGAGGAAUGCUUUCCUAAUGUCGUGACUUAUACCGCUUUGAUGAAUGGUUUAUGCAAAGCAGGAGAAAUGGACAGAGCAGGUAUUCUUUUUAAAAAGAUGCUGGCUGCAAAUGUCCCUCCCAGUUCAAUCACGUAUGGCUGUUUUCUUGACAAUCUUACGAAGGAGGGAUAUAUGAACGAAGCUAUAGGCCUUCACCAUGCAAUGCUUACAGGGCUUUUAGCUAACACUGUAACAUACAACAUUAUUAUCCGGGGCUUCUGUAGACUGGGUAGAUUUCAUGAAGCCACUGAAGUUCUUUCUGAAAUGACUGGAAAUGGUAUUUUCCCUGACUGUGUUACCUAUUCAACAUUAAUUUAUGAGUAUUGCAGAAAUGGCAAUGUAGGGGCAGCUGUUAACUUAUGGGAUACCAUGUUAAAGAAAGGUCUCAAACCAGAUUUGGUUGCAUACAACUUGCUAAUAUAUGGCUGUUGUGUUAAUGGAGAGCUCGACAAGGCAUUUGAAUUGCAUGAUGAUAUGUUGAAGAGAGGGAUGAAGCCAAGACAAAGUUUACGAGAAUUGCAUAAGGGUGAAUAUAAGAGCCCCAGCUAAGUUGUGGUAUAACACGCACAUAGCAAAGGUUUGAAACCCGUAUUAUGGUUGUUGCAGUAAUGACGAGCUCAGAGAAGGGUGAAACAAGGCAAAAUAUGUAGAAUCUGCUGAGGUUGAAUUAUCCGGAAACGAGGUUGGUGCUUGAAGCAAGUGGUUUCUAAAGCCUGAAAACGUUGAAGUGAUAAGUAAUCUCAGUGAUGUGGCGUCGUAUCCAAAGCAGAAAGAGCCAGAGGACAAAUUGGAACCUUGCAGACGUGAAUGAGAGCAUUACCAAAAGGAGAAGUGUAGGGAAUAACUGUUUAAAAGAUUGAAACUAGUUGCAAGGCCUAUUUUGUAUGUAGUUUAAGUGAUACUUGGGCCAGCUACGUUAUGAUUGAUCAUCUCUCCAGUGUGGCUGUAGACAAGUCAUUCAUUAAUUCAUUCAAUUGGAUAUCUUGAAGCCGGAAUCAAGCAAUUGUCGUGGUGAAGAUUUAAAUAUAUGAUUUGUGCUAACCACCACCACUAAACAUGAUACUAUUUGUUUAGUCACCAGGGUUCAACUUCCAAUCUCCAAUCCCAUGAAAAUCUGAUUUCGCAUCCAUUGAAAAGUAGGAGCGUGUUUAAGGCCUCUAACCUUACAAGAAUAAGAUCUCCUUUAGCAUCCCGUAACCCGUUAAUUCUUUUAUCAUCUUUUAUUCAUUUGUAUUUUUUACAUUUCUAAAAACUCAUUGGAAUGAAUAGGAGGUUAUCCAUGAAAUUUGUGAGAUUCAAGAAUAAAAACUCCAUAAAUAAGCUUGUUCU